AGAUGGAUUAGUGGUACAAAGUGUGUGUAGAGUUGAGGGGCGUGGCGAGGCGCGGCAGGUGUGAGGGAGUGUGUGAGGGGCUGCGUGGGGCCGCCGCCUCACUUCUCAUCUCCUCACUCCUCACCACGCUCCUCACCACGCUCCUGAAUUGCUGAAAGAUGUCGAAGUCUAAGAAGGUCCCUUCCAACUACUUUCAUUUGGUCAACCCAUUAAUCAUAAUUGUUCACAUUGCACUAUUUGGCCUCCUCCUGAUAACAUAUUUCAAGCCAGAGUUUUUUGCCACAAAUGACUUCGGACCCCUCUCCGAGUAUGCCCACUUAGUUGGCACACAGUACAAGUUUUAUCUAAAGUUGGGAUUAUUGGUUGUUUUGGCUGUGCACAUCCUUGAGACACUGUGUGCAGUGUACAAGUGCCAGAAGCUGAGGCUCACAAUAAGUGUUACCAUUGCCUGGGCUCUGCAAACCCUUUGCUUGGGAAUAUGUUCGCUGCGGUAUCUCCUCUGGCUGCAGAGACCGAGUCCAGCUCCAACACCCAAAACGCCUAAACAAACAAAAGCGAAGGCAAAGAAGCAGAAGUAAUUUAUAAUUUUUUAGAAGUUGACAACUUUUUUUACUGCCUCUUUGUACUCAUCUUAAACAUUUUGUCAAAUAAAAAUAAAACUUGACCAAAGUGAA